AUGGCGUCUUUCCGCGAUCACUACCACCGGUCGCGGAUAUCAACCGUUCUGAAGUUUCUUGUUGCUGGCUUUCUAUUCCUGCAUUUUGCCUCCGUCUACAGCUGGCUGCCCUUUAAUAGCGGCAAUACCAGGGGCUUUUUCAUAUCACCUAACUACAUACCUGAAAACAGGACAAUAACCGCCGAAGAUCGUGCAAUCGUGGUCGCAAAAACAAGGGAUGAGAACAUCGACUGGGUUCUCCCUUUUUGUGAAGAAUAUGGCUGCACUCCCUUUGUCUAUAGCAUGGAGCCUACCAACCCCGAGGACGGUCUCCUGAUUCCCGCCACCACACAGGGCCACGAGGCCGCCGCAUACCUAACUUACAUUGUGCAAUAUUACGACACUCUCCCUCCUUACACCAUUUUUGUCCAUGCCAAUGAUGACCAGUGGCAUAACGAUCUUUUUGGCUCCAAAACCAGCACCGCUCUACGUCACUUGCGCUACGAGUCUGUCGACGCCAACGGCUUCGUUAACCUGCGCUGCACGGGCAUUCCUGGCUGCCCCAACACCUUGAUCCCGAUCAAGCGCGAACCCGUCGACGACGAAUACGCCUACGUCUCAGACGCCUUCUUCCAGCUAUACUCGCAUCUGUUGCAGGUGCCCAUGGACCAAGUCCCAGAGACCGUCGGCCAUCUCUGCUGUGGUCAAUUCGUGUUGACUCGCGAGCGCAUCCACGCCAGACCUCGCGAGGACUACGAGCGCAUUCUCAACUGGGCUGCAAACACCGAUUUUACUGACAGCUAUGGCAUUGGCUGGACGAUUGAGAAGAUCUGGCAUGUUCUCUUUGGAAAGCAACCGGUUGACUGCCCGCGUCUAGAGCAGUGCCGGUGCGAUAAUUACGGAUGGUGUGGUCCCUUGCCCUCGGGCGAGAUUUUGACUCCUAUUAUGCCUCACCGAUAG